AUGCUCACACCACUCGAAGUCCUGCGCGCCUCAGUCGAGGCGCAUAAUGACACCUUCGAGGCUUUACUAAAUUUGAUACCCGCCAAGCACUACCUGCCCAAAGACGAUCAUGAUGCAGACGGCAAUGUUUCGUCCAAGUAUCAAAAACAUAGCAAAAACAAGAAGGCGUCCAAACAAGCUGCGAAGGAAGCAUCAAAAAAGGCUCGCAGGGAUAAGCUGGACCCUGCCAACCGAAAGUCAGUCAUCGACCUUCAGAAUGAAGCUGCUCUUAAGGGGAAGGGGAAAGCUACGGUACCUGGGUCCGAUUCUGAUGCCAACGAUGAAGCUAUGCAAGUGGAUGACGUGGAUCUCAUCGAUACCGCUGUGACCGCCCCACUCGACACCAUAGUACCCAUGGCUCAACCAGAGAGCAUCGCUGCCCUCCGAGAGAAAUUACAUUUGCGCAUGGCAGCUCUCCGACGUGGUGGACAAGGUGGUGGAGAACCAGGAGAUAAAGACGAGCUUUUGGAGCAAAGGAGAAAGCAACGCGCCGCGCUUCGUGAAAAAAGACGAAAAGAGACAAAAGAAAGGCGCAAGGCAGAGGUUGAAGGCAAAAAAGUGAGCAAGAAGGAAGUGACGAAGGGUGUUCCUGUCAAGAAUCAGCUACUUGUUCCGCACUUUCCAGUCGCUUCAAAAGAAAUUGCGGCAUCUGGUCGUUCCGAUGGUCCAUUGACCAAUGUAUCAUUUUCUGUGGUGGCUGGGAGUUCGAGCAAAAAGGCUGCAUCGCUCAAGACGUCUUCCAAUCCUCAUCAGGCCUUGUCCCAGCUCGCUUCGCGGAGGGAAAAAUUGGACUCAAUGCCGGAGGACAAACGCAAGACUGUAGAAGAUAAGAGUCGUUGGGCAAAAGCGGAGGCGCGUGUUGAAGGCGUCAAGGUCAAGGACGAUGAAGCGCGCCUCAAGAAAGCAAUCAAACGGAAAGAAAAGGAGAAAGCGAAGAGCAAGAAGUCCUGGGAGGAGAGGAAAGACCAAGUCGUAGCGUCCAUGGCUGCAAAGCAGAAGAAACGCUCAGAUAACAUCGCGAUGCGAAACGAGCGACGGAAUGAUAAAAGAAAGUCCUCGUCGUCAAAGGGGGCAACUAAAGCUCGACCUGGUUUUGAGGGCAAGGCUUUCCAUAAGGGUAAAGGGAAAGCUACGGGCAAGCACAAAUAG